AACAAUUAAAUACUUGUUGUCCAACAGGUAGAGACAGCUGGCAGGUAGUCUGGAUGAGGAAUGAAAAACCUCGCCAAAAUCAUUUGCAGUCUCGGUGCUCUCUGUGCCCUUUUCUAAUUUUUCGGCGACUUCAGUUAUGUAAGAGAUUAAACGUGUGGAUGAAGGUGGAGAUGUUUGGAACCGACAGCCUGGUUAACUGGAAUUAGAGGCAGGCUGCCUGUGUAGACAGACCAUCAUGUGGCUGAAAGCUGAAGGCUGAAGGCUGGGGAAGCUCCGACCGACCGUCCGUCUCACCGGAGAAGCGGGCUCCAUGUCAAGAUGCCAACCUUUUCAGUCAUGUAUAAAGGAGCUGUCAUCAUUAGCAGGACACUAAUGGGUCCAUAUGGAGUAGAUCGAGCUGUUCAUUCCAUGGAGUUUACAGACUGUGAGAAUGGCCUGGGAAUUAAAGUCAUCGGUGGAGUGAAGGAGCAAACUGGAGAGGAGUUUGGAGUCUACGUGAAACGGAUUUUACCAGGAGGCCUUGCUUCAAGUGAUGGAAACCUGAUGCCAGGGGACCAGAUCUUGGAGGUGAACGGGGACAGUCUAGUAGGAGUCACAAGUGAAAGAGCUGUGGAUAUCUUGAGAGCCGCCUCUGCAACCAAUCACAUGCGCCUUCUCAUAGCCAGAGAUGAGGAAGCAAAGUAAGCAGACAUCUGUAUAUACUGUACUGUACACUCAUUCACUGAUGUGGAGGCAAAACAGACCAACCACAUGACUUUGUGAUAGUACAGCUGUGAUUUUAGCAUGAAUUAAAAAGUUCAGCUUCUGCCAAAUCCAUCUGCUAAACAUCGGAACCACGGGAAGCGAUCUGUAUAUGCAGGAUCAUUUGGUAUCCUUGGUAACCAUUAAAAAGCAGUUAAAA